AUGCGAAAGCUAUUUAAGAAGUUUAACCAACAGGAGAGUAGGAUGCUUUAAUCAAGUAAUGUCAAUAAAAUUAUGCAAAAACAUAUAAAAUUAUCGAAUAAGAAAUUCUUAAAUUAUUUAAUAAUUAGCUAUCCCAAGAUAGAUAUUGUCCUACAUAAGAAGUUUCAUAAAUAAUAUAUUAAAAACAUAUAAAAAUUUUAUAUUUCAAAUUGA